AUCUCUCUCUUUGAUAGCGGACGAACUUUCAGCUUUCGUGGAAAACGAUCUAUAAGCUCGAACUUUUGUCGAGAAAUGGAUUAUCACGGCGGCGGAGAGGCGGUUUUCUCCGACCAAGUUCUUCUCAACGGGAUUGCGAUUCCGGCAAUACUUACCUCAGGCGGACGGAUCCGAUGGACUGAGGUCGGCGGCAGCAACCGACAGUUGAUAGUUGAGAAGGAAGUUCUAGGUUUCUCCGUUGAAGGUUCCAAAAUUAAGGUCAAGGCAAUCGUUGAGAAGCCUGGAGGAACAUGCUGUGUCGGUGUUGGAGGAGUUCCGAUGAGGAAAUCCUUUGUUUUCGAAACAUUAUCGGAGGAAUCACUCCGAUUGUGGUGCCAAAAGCUUCAAGAAUGCAUCGACUCAUUAAAUCGACCGAAGAGAUUGUUUGUCUUUUUGAAUCCAUUCGGAGGGAAGAAAUCAGCUUCUAAGAUAUUCCUUGAUGAAGUUAAACCUCUACUUGAUGAUGCUAAUGUUGAAUUUACUCUGUUAGAAACUCAAUACCAACUUCAUGCUAAGGAAGUUGCUCAAUCAUUGGAUUUCUCAAAAUAUGAUGGGAUUGUUUGUGUUAGUGGAGAUGGAAUCUUGGUUGAGGUAGUUAAUGGACUGCUUCAGAGAAAGGAUUGGAAAGAUGCAAUAUCGACACCUCUAGGAAUUGUACCGGCUGGAACUGGAAAUGGCAUGGCAAAAUCACUUCUUGAUUCAGUUGGACUUCCUUGUACAGCAACCGAUUCCAUUCUUGCAAUUAUUCGAGGACACAAGCGUUCUUUGGACGUCGCAACUAUUUUGCAAGGAGAUACUAAGUUCUUUAGUGUCUUGAUGCUCGCUUGGGGCUUAGUGGCAGAUACUGAUAUUGAAUCUGAAAAGUAUAGAUGGAUGGGAAGUGCCCGUCUAGAUUUUUACGGUCUUCAAAGGAUUUUACGUUUGAGAAGAUAUAAUGGACAAAUUCAUUUUGUUCCUGCUCCUGGUUUUGAAACAAUUGGAGAGCCCUGCGGUCAGAAAGGUGUGGCUGAAGCUUAUCAUAGUAAUAAGCACGUUAAGGAAGGUGAACAGGCCGGCUAUGAAGGGCCUGUUCUUGAUUUGGAAACGUCAAAUUGGAGAUCGCUCAAUGGUCCUUUUAUUUCUGUGUGGCUUCAUAAUGUUCCAUGGGGCAGUGAAGACACCAUGGCUGCACCCAAUGCUCAGUUCUCGGACGGAUACAUUGACGCGAUCAUUUCAAGAGACUGCCCUAGUAAAUUGGGUCUCUUGUCGUUAAUGAGCAAUAUGAAUAACGGGAAUCACGUCAAGUCGCCUUAUGUUAUGUAUUUCAAGGUAAAAGCCUUUGUUUUGGAGCCUGGUUCACGAACCGACGAUCAAACCAAAGGCGGGAUCAUCGAUUCUGAUGGCGAGGUUCUCGCAAGAGGGAACGGGACUUAUAAGUGUGAUCAGAAGUCACUAAUGACUUACGAUAAGCUCCAGUUAACAGUCGAUCAAGGCUUGGCUACCAUUUUCACACCUGUUUAGAACAAAAAAUCUAUUUUAAUUUUCAAAACCAAACCAUAGUGUUGUACUUUUUUUAAUUUGUCAUAUUAAUUUACCUGCUUGUUUUAUAGAUACCAAUUUCAUUUUUGUCAA